AUGGCGACCGAGAUCGGAAAACUUCAAGUUGAAGUGCCAGUUCCAAGACAGCGCUCAGCUCUCAACACGCAACAGGAAAAACACGACGUAGCGACCGAACUGAGCUACUGGGACGACCCUGGUGACGGCUCCAAGCCGACGCCUAUUGUGAUUGGAAAAGGGAGAAUAACAAAUGAGCGACCACAUGUACCUCACAGCGUUGUGAUAUCAGAUGUAAGCGGCGAUGAGGACCACUACACUCUCGACAGCCACGGAUUUCAAUAUUGUCGAAGUAAGAGCAAGGAAAAAGAGUUCACCGACGAUGCGAAGAUCCAAGCCGAGUACUACUCUGAGUGCAAGCAGCUUCUGAGAGACGUCACGGGAGCUAGCCGUGUCGUCAUUUUCAACCACAAAGUGCGACGUGGUCCGACCCAGUGGCAUCACUUGGGCCUAAAGAACCUCGCGAAUCGCGGGCCUGUCACAAAGACGCACGUGGAUCAGUCCUAUGACGGAGCUGAGUUACGCCUGAGAUGGGAGCUUCCUGAGGAGGCUGAAAACUUGGCGCAGAAAAGAUAUCAGAUCAUAAAUAUCUGGCGUCCCAUCAAGACAAUUCGAAAGGAUCCCAUUGCAGUUGCUGAUGCAUUCUCGGUUCCUGAUGCAGAUCUUGUCGCAGCGGAAAUGGUCGAGGAUGACUAUCAUGGGGAACAAUGGGUUGUGCGAUAUAAUGCAGCUCACCGCUGGUAUUACAAGCACUUGCUGAGCCCCGACGAAGUGCUUCUGAUUAAAUGCUUCGACUCGAAUGAGUCCGUAGCUCGACGAGCGCUGCAUUCGGCAUUUGAGGAUCCGGUGUAUCGAGGGAAAGAGUCUCGACAGAGUAUUGAAGUUAGGUGUCUGGUACUCUAUGAUACAUGA